UGAAGUGUAACAAAGCAGUAAAAAAGAGAAUUGAAAAGAUUCGAGGAAAAUCUCGUAAAGGAAAGAUUGUAAACAAAGACAUCUCACUUCCCCAAAAGGGAAAUAAUGGACGGCGCACGAUAUCCCUGAAAGAAAUGUGGACAGUUGCAUUCACCUGUCAAAGCUGGGCUGGAGUUGAGAGUUGGGGAAGCUCGGAAGGGGGGAGUCUCUUAAGUACGCUUCACACGCUUUCAUUUUGCUUGCAAUUUCCUUUAAAACGGAAUUAAGGAUUGGUUGGGGUAAACGACAGAAGAUUAGAGGAGCGGGAAAGCAUGAAGAGACACCCGAUGCAUGAAGGGACACUCCUCACUCAAACGAUAACAACCUUUGAGGAAGGUCACAGCCCUCUACGCUCGAUGGAGGGGUAUAAGAAGAACACACCAGCAUUCAAGAAGGCAUCGAACGAUCAGAUAAGAUAGAAGAGCAGUUAAUAAGAACUGGCUCUCAAGCAUUGAUCAAGAUUAAAUUGCAAUCUGCCAUCAGACCACAGCCUGGUCUAGUGCUCAGAUUAUCGAUCUUGCAUGGCAGUAUAUUUCACUCUUGAUGAAAUGAUUUCCUGGCCCACAUUCAAGAAAAGUACUUUGCCGGCUAUCAAUCCACACGAAGGAAGAUUUCAUGAUGCUGUAAGAGCAAGGCUAAAAUAUUGGCACCCGAAAGUUCAAAAGCAAAUAUGGGUGGCUGAUAGACAUGUGACUCCAAGCUCCUUAAAAUUACGUGCGAAUAAAAAUGUUCUGAAGGCUGGUGUUUCUCAUACAUCCAAUGGAGGUUUCUUUCAUGAAUCUGCAGAAUGGAAGAUUGCGGAACUGGAAGGUCAGAAGAGAAAGCUUCUUUUGAGGUUGGCAGAGAUUGAAUCAUUACUUGGAGAAGAAAUUAGUAGUAAAGCUGUAUCAAAACAACUUCAAAAGGAUGCAGUUACUACUUUGGGAAAACUUCCUGUAGUGAAGGCAACUUCUAGUCUUGGUGAAUCAGUUGUUAAUCCCAAAUAUGAAGAUGUUAGUUGGCCAUCUUCAGAUGAUGAAAUACCAUUUUGGAAGAAAGAAUUUCCUUCGUACCAAUCAGUUUCAAAUCCCAGAAUCAAUGUUAAACAUGAUUCUGAUCUUAUGCACAUUGUACAUGUUACAGCUGAAAUUGCUCCCAUAGCAAAGGUUGGCGGGUUAGGUGAUGUUGUUACUGGUCUUGCAAGAGCUUGUCUAAACAGAGGACACAAAGUGGAGGUAAUGCUUCCUUUCUAUGAAUGCAUUAAGAAGGAACAGAUAAAUGAUUUGACUCUUUCUGAUACGUACUCAUCAUAUCAUAAUGGAGAUUGGGUACCUACUUGCGCAUAUCGUGGUCUAGUUUCUGGAAUACCAUUGAUACUUAUUGAACCGGCCAAUCACUUUUUCAAAGGGCAACGUGUCUAUGGGGGUUCAUAUGAUGAACUAGAGGCUUAUUUAUUUUUCAGUCGAGCAUGCCUGGAGUUGAUGCAGGUGACCAGCACUCAGCCGGACAUCAUCCAUAUUCAUGAAUGGCAGACUAGUGGAUUAUCUCUGCUUUACUGGGAUAUGUACCACAACCUUUCUGUUAAGAAGCCAAGAAUUGUUUUGACAAUACACAACAUGGAGCAUUAUGGAGAAUGCAAAAAGGAGCAGUUAGCUGUGUGUGGGCUGGAUGGGUUGGUGUAUAGCAGCAUUGACAAGGCACUUGAUGAUCGCACUAUUGGCCAUAAUCCUGAGCGUUUGAGUUUAUUGAAGGGGGGUGUUGUGUAUAGUAAUGCGGUUACAACAGUUUCACCAACGUAUGUUAAUGAAACACUUUGCUCUGGUUGGUUGUCCAAUAUAUUGAUGCAGUAUCGUACAAAAUAUUUUGGUAUUUUAAAUGGAAUCGAUACUGUUCUGUGGGACCCAACUGCAGAUGUAUUCCUUCCAGCCCAUUUCCAUGAAAAAGAGCUUAAAGGAAAGCAAAUUUGUAAGCAAUAUGUGCAGAGAGGCCUUGGCUUGUACCUUAAUCAAAAGAUAGUGAGCAGUCAAGAUGCAGAUGAAGGGAAGUUAUCCCCCCUGGUUGUAUGCAUAACUAGACUUGUAGCACAAAAGGGUCUUCAUCUUAUCCGUUAUGCAAUCAAUCGUGUUGCAGAACUGGGAGGACAGUUUAUUUUGCUUGGAACAGCACCAGAUGGGAGGGUCCAAGGGGAGUUUGAACAUCUUUCAAAUCAGUAUAGGGAAAGCAACAAUAUCCGUCUUCUUCUGAUGUACAGCGAGGAGUUAUCACACAUGCUUUAUGCUGCUGCAGAUAUCGUCUUAGUUCCUUCCAUGUAUGAGCCAUGUGGAUUAGCUCAAAUGAUUGGCAUGCGUUAUGGAGCGGUUCCAGUAGUUCGAAGAACUGGAGGUUUAGCUGACACAAUAUUUGAUGUAGAUCAUCAGCAUAACAGUGUUCAUCAAGGAAAUGGUUAUGUAUUUGAAGGGAUAGAUGAAGGUUCUUUAAAUGGAGCUCUGGAACGUGCUUUUCUGUGUUACAACGAAAAGCCAGAGUUGUGGACAGAGCUUGUUUCUUGGAUUAUGCAGAUAGACAAUAGUUGGAAUAAAUCAGCCGGGGAAUACAUUCAAUUAUAUAACUCGAUAAGAGCAAGAUGUUAGUUCAUGCUGUUUUAAUUUGUAUUGGAUGCACCAUUUAUGUCCAACCAAAUAUUUCUUUACACUUUGCAUCAAAGGCUAAUUUUGGAAUACACUUUGUUUAUAUAUUGAGGGCUGUUAUACGUUUGAUCUUCUAGGCAGCUUAGACCAUGGCUUUUGGAAAACAAUCCCAUGGAAGCAAGUGGGGGAAAUAUCGAAAGUACUGAACUCUUAAUGAGCAAUUUGUUGCAUGCCUCAAUAUUGAAUUCUUAAUCAGUGAGAUUUGUUAAA